AUGGAGAAAACAUUCUGUGUUGAUUCUUCUUCUAUUUACGGUCGCAAUGCUGAUAAGGAAGCAAUUGUACAGAGAUUGCUUUCAGUUGAUGAAUCAAAUAGCAACGCCUUACAAGUGAUUUCGAUAACGGGUAUGGGCGGAAUUGGUAAAACACUCCUCACAAAGCUUGUUUAUGGAGAUUGCAGAGUACAAGAAUGGUUUGACGUCAAAGCCUGGGUUUGUGCUGCAGCAAAAUUCGAUCUUUUAAAGCUAGCUAAAGAUAUUCUUGACGAACUCAACUCCAAUGCCAAGCGCACUUGCGAUCAGCAUUUAGUACUUGAUGAGCUGAAGGAAAAAUUCAUGGGAAAAAGAUUAUUUCUUGUGUUGGAUGAUGUUUGGAACGAUAAUGAAGCUGAGUGGAAACUUUUACUGGUUCACUUACAAGCUGCCGGAGCACAAGGAAGUAAAAUCAUAGUCACCACUCGCAGUGAGAGUGUAGCAUCAGCUUUAGGUGCUGUUCAAUCUCAUGUUCUGAGCGAGUUAAGUGACGAUGAAUGCUGGCGUUUGUUUGCUAAACAUGCAUUUAAUGAUGAUAAUGAAAAUCAACGAGGGUUGGAGAUGAUUGGUAGAGAAAUAGUGAGAAAGUGUGGAGGUCUUCCUUUAAUUGCAAAGAUGCUGGGAGAUGUCUUGUGCUGUGAAAAUAAUGUUGAGGAAUGGCAGAAGAUUUCAGAUAAUAUGGAGCUGUGUUCAAAUUAUAUUUUUAUGAUUUUGAAGUUAACUCAUAUUGAUCUUCUAUUUCACCUGAAGCAAUGCCUUGCUUAUGGUAUUAAAUCUCCCAAGGAUUAUGCAUUUGUUAAGGAGAAAUUAGUCCUUUCUUGGAUUGAAGGAGUUCGAUCUCAAGAAAAUAAGAGAUUUGAUUAUUUUGGAUCAAGAGAUAUUAUAAUUCAAGAUUUAGCUAUAUCAGUCCAGUGCCCAAUUCUUGGAAGAGAGAAUGAGGUCGUUUUUGAAUGGGGAGCAGCACUCACAAACAUCAUCCUAGAGACUUUGUUGUUGAUUUUCGACCAAAUUGCCUCGCCGAGAAAGCCUCACUAUGCUCUGAUGUGUGUGGUUGUGUCUUUGGCAGCCAUAUUUAUCUGCAUCACAGAGCUUGUUUAUAAGGGACAAAAGCAGAAGAUCACUUUGAUGAGAAGGGGCAUGAGGUGUUGGCUUCAUUUUCCGUCUUCAGACAACAACCCAUAUACCAUAAUGGAUGUUCUCAGCUUUGUUAGUGCCAUUUCUCAGUUCAUUUACUCAAGUAUUGGAUACAGUUAUCUACGCCGAGGAUCUCAGAAUCCAAUCAAAGUUUGCUUUGUUCCUGUCAUUUUCAUCAUAUGUACUGCUUCUUCCAACUUAGUUAGGAAACCAAAUGAAACCAGACUUCCAAUUUCCAGGGAAGACUAA